UCGAGCACUCUCAAUCCGAAUCUCUGAUUAAAAAGGAGAAAACAAAUCUUUUAUUUUCAAGAAUUGAGUAAACACAUAAAGAAGAAGAAAUAAAAAAAAAAAAGAAAUGGCAUCAUGGAAGAAAACAAUAGCAACACCAUUCAAGAAAGCGGCAACAUUCUUCAACCAACCGCAGCAAUCACCAAAGAAGGGUGGAAGAAUGGAUGCGAAAGCGAGGGAAGAACACGAGAAGAGAAUGGUUGAAGAGCUUCAAGGAGAAGUCAUGGCUUGUGGCUACGACGACGUCCUCGUCAUGUGGUCUAUUCUUGACAAAUCUAACUCCUCCAAUAACCUCACUGCUUAACCCCAAAAAACCAAACACACUAAAAGAUGGUGUUAUGAUCGAUCAACCUUUGUACAUAUCUUAAAAGCGGUUUUAGCCCGCCAUGGUGAUCUCCUCCUCCUCCUCUUCCUCCUCCUUCUUUCUCCUUGUCCUUUUCUUGUUAUGUGGUCGGUGGCUACUUUUUUUAAGGUCUAGUGAAUAUUUUUUUCCGACGAGUUAUCGUCGAGAAUAUAGAUGGUUCUUCUAUGUUCCCCUUUGAUAAUCCCUGAGAUAGUAAAUCACGGUGGGAUUUUUUUU